AUGGCGGGUACUCAAAUCUAUAUUAACGAUCUCUCCGAGCACUUAGAUGAUAAAUUGACCGUCUCAUCGACACCGCAGAGGUCGACAGCGCUAUCCAACAAACUAUCUGGCGUUCUCUCCGUAUCCUAUGCAGACUCUGAGAUCAGAGAUGCCCUACGUAGUCUGGAUGAGAAAGAGAUCAGAAACACAGCAGAGACAAGGCGGAGGCUGCGACUCGAUGUCCAAAAAGAGGUCAUACAACGAAACGGAUCCGUUGUCCAUGAAUUUGGUCAUGUUGCGGAGCAAUUGAAACGCAUCGGCACUGCCAUCAACAGUCUGAACAAAUGCUGCGAGGAUAUGCGUCACCAUGUGACGGCGGCUCGUCAUGAAAGCGCACCUGUACUUAAGGAAGCCUCCACGCUUUUGGUCCAAAAGCAGGAAUUAGAGACAAAAAAGCAGUUGCUAGAUGCCUUCAACAAGCAUUUCAUCAUCUCAGAAGAAGAUCUACUAGUCUUAACAGGUGCGGCUGAGGCUGUGGAUGACACUUUUUUUGCAAUCUUGAAAAGAGUCAAACAGAUCUAUGUCGACUGUCAAGUCCUACUUGGGACCGAGGACCAAAGGCUUGGGCUUGAGCUUAUGGAUCAGAGCUCAAGAAAUCUCAAUAUCGGCUAUCAGAAGCUCUACAGAUGGAUUCAGAAAGAAUUCAAGACGUUGAAUCUAGAGAGUCCACAGAUCAGCUCCAUCAUUCGGCGUGCCCUGCGAGCACUUGCAGAACGACCAACGCUGUUCCAAAGCUGUUUAGACUUAUUUGCGGAAGCUCGAGAGGGUGUCCUGACUGAUGCCUUCUAUUCGGCGUUGACCGGUUUAUCAAGUGAAAACGAUCAGAACCCAAUGACGAAACCAAUUGAGUUUUAUGCCCAUGAUCCCCUUCGCUAUGUGGGUGAUAUGCUUGCGUGGACUCACUCUGCAACUGUAUCUGAGCGCGAGGCUUUAGAAUCACUCUUUAUAUCUGACGGAGACGAAAUAAGCAAAGGUUUCGAAGCAGGCAGGCACGCCGAGCCUUGGUCGACAGGCAACGACGAGGUUUUUGACGGACGCAAAGCGCUGGGAGAGCUCGUCAACCGCAACAUAGCUGGAGUAGCAAGAGCGCUCCGUCAACGGAUAGAGCAAGUUCUUCAGAACCAUGAAGACGCAGUGCUACUGUACAAGAUUGCUAACCUCGUCAUAUUCUAUCGCGUCACAUUCAUCAAGCUGCUAGGCCCGAACUCUAGUCUGCUCGAAACACUAUCUUCGCUAGAGCAGUCUGCCCUCCGCCAAUUCCGGACUCUCGUGUCCGACAAUGUCUCCGCAAUACAGGCAGACAUUGCAGCACCCACCCCAGAUCUGCGGAUACCCGACUUCCUAGAUGAAACGCUCACCCAAUUCACCACCCUCCUGAAAAUCUACGACUCAUCUCUCACCCCAGCUUCUUCCCGCGUCGCAGGUUUCGAGCCCAUCAUCUCCCAUGCUCUCAACCCAUUCCUUUCCAUCUGCGAGAAGAUGGCCAAAGAAACCAACGAGCCCUCCGCCAGCAUUUUCAUCGCCAAUUGCCUCUUGGCAGCCAGAAAUACCCUCUCCACUUAUGAGUUCGUCCAAGAUCGAGUGUCGGAAUUGAACGAGCAACUCGCAAGCCUGACUUCCAGCCUCACAGAAUAUCAGCACGCAUUCUUUCUCCAUACCUCUGGGCUUCAUCCGCUGCUCGUCGCUCUAGCGCCUACAGAAGACACUCCGGAUGGUCUUCUUAAAGUCCCUACGCUUACACCAUUCCUGCUUCAGCCACUCACCAACGCCAGCCAGACUCUCGAUGAUUUUCUACCCUCAGCGCUUAUGGACGCAAUGGAGACUCUCAAGCGUUUGGGUAACACCAAAUUGUCACAGGAGGUAACGGCGAAUGCGGCUGAGAGGUUCUGCCAGGACUUUGAGUUUGUGGAGGGGAAGUUAGCAGCGGUCGAUGAGUUGAGGGAGAGUGCUGUGCACGAAGCUGGAGAGGAAAAUGAAAAGGAAGAGCAAGAGCUGGUGCCACUGAGGUCGCUAUUCCCUAGGACGAGUGGAGAGAUUAGGGUGUUGCUUAGCUGA